UCUGAAAGAUUAUGUUUCAUUACAGCACACGUACCAACUAUCUAUAAACAAAAAAUAAGAUAACUUAUUUAUCGCAGUUCAACCACAGCUCUGAAUAAAUAAAGAUGUGUAUUUUUUAUCUCUUAUUAAUCUUUGUGAUUCUACCAUCGACUUUGUCUCAACAUUUCAAUUAUAUUGAAAUCAGAUAUGUUAAAAAUAACACAGUGUUUGUGUCGCCGUACGCAGACGACGUCAAUUUUGAAAAAGAAAUCACAGAUAUUUGGGUUGACAACCAAACAAUCCCCAUUUUGAAAACUGGAAGUUUUCAGAAUUUACCGAAACUAAAACUUAUCAAAAUUCGGGAGUGUGGUUUAAGUAAGAUUGAAGACAACGCAUUUGAGAAUCUUCCAAAAUUACGAAUACUCAACUUGAACAAAAACCGACUAAAAGUGAUUAAAAACGGAACUUUUAGUAGACUCGCCAUAAGUAAACUAUACUUGGCAAUGAAUGGAAUCGAAUCCCUUGAAACGGAAGCUUUUUACAACAUCACAAAUUUAGAAGUGAUUGAUUUAAGUAGGAAUAACUUGAAACACUUGCAUACCCACAUGUUUAAAGGCACUCCCUAUUUGCGACAAAUUGAUUUAAGUUUUAAUAAAAUUGAGGUGGUUCCAUAUGAGUGUUUUAAAGGCACUUUUUCUAAUGUAGAAGAAGGGGAAGAAUCUUUUAUCAGACUGAAUGACAAUCAAAUGAAACAUUUAGGAUUGGGGCAACUUAAAGGAAUUUACAAUAUUAAAGAACUGAACUUGGGGAAUAAUGUUAUAGAGAACGUGGAUAUGAAUACUUUUAAGAAGAUUAAUUACAUUGAAAUCCUUAAUCUGGAAAACAAUCAGUUGUCAUCGCUGCAUAAUUCGGUUUUGAGAGACUUGCAAUCAACAGCUCUUUAUAUUGACUCAAACCCUUUAAACUGCGAAUUUGUAAAAAAGUUUGUACGCUGGUGUAUCAAUUACAAAAAAAAUAGUACAAUUAAUUCUGGUCAUUUGAAACAGUGUAAUGUGUAAAAUAUACUUACUCUUUUC